GAUGUUAGUUUCUACCAAGCCCCUCGCCCAUACCAGAGAAUGUUGUGGAGUCAAUGUUCGAAAAACUCCUUGAAGAUCAGCGACAGAUCUGCAACGAGGCCAGCAAAGUCUGGAUACCACUAGAUAAACGAGGCGAGAACAAUUGCAAUGCAGUUUCGGUUCAUGAAAGUGAAACUGCACAGAUCGAAGCCAUGUUUCGAACACUUCUGGAAGGUCAGCAACAACUCACAACGGACAUUACAAACAAGAUUGAUGCAGUGUCCUCAGAUCUAAAUGGGAAGAUUGAAGCGGUGUACAACCAUGUCAAGAAGCUUGAAGCUCGAAUUUCUCAGGUUGCUGCAUCUGUGCAAAACCACGCUGUGUGUCGAUCGACACCAACCAUCUGUGUCGAUCGACAGCACUCGGGGAAUCAGGCUGUAAAUAGAACCCAACCUUCUGUUCAACCAUCGACUAUUGAGAAGAGUGUCGAUCGACACACUCCUAUCAGUGUCGAUCGAAAUGACCCGAGAGCACAGCUGCCAUAUGUUGUGAUUCCACCAUCCGUGAAAUCCGACAUCUAUGCUCCUAAGGUACCAUAUCCUAGACCCAAAAGAUCUAAGCAGGAGAUUGAAGAUGAGAAGUGUGAAGCUAUGCUUGACAAGAUCAAGACCGAAAUUUCUACAAGUGACGACGAAGACACUUCAUCUACAAUGAAGCGUCUGGUCAAGCGAAUGGUCUUGAAUGGUCUUACUCCUGAGGAAGGAGCUUUGCUUACACGCGAUACCAGUGCGGUUUUCUCAGCUAAGGCACCUAAGAAGACGAAGGAGAAGAAAGAGAAGGUGAUUGUGUCAAAACAAUCUAGCGCGGUAAUUCAGAAAAAGCUUCCAAAAAAGUUACCUGAUCCAGGACGUUUUGUACUCGAUUGCUCUAUCUCUACACAGAGGUUUUCACAUUCUCUUUGUGAUCUUGGAUCCGUGACUUAUGACGACAUUACUGCUGGGUAUGUCGACAUGUUGAGUUCUAGUGAUCAAGCAUCAAGGCCUGAAGAUUCUAGUGAGCUGUGCUGUAGAGAACGUUCUGAUACUGAGAUUUCAGAAACACUUAGGCAGGGAAUUCAUGUGUGAAAACUUCAUCCAAUUCAUCAAUCAUGCAGAAAUUUGCCUCAGCCUCUGUCUGAUUUUGGACAGUGUGUCGAUCGACACACUCCAUUCCUGUCGUUCGACAGCACACGGGGUAACUAGUUCUAACUUAGCAAAAAAAUCCUCAAAUUUCA